AAAUAUGACUUUUUUAAAACCUAAUCCUUUUCGUUUCAUUUCACACGAAAUAAAUUCGUACAUAAAGCUAUCAGAUGCUUAGACUCGCGUGGUUGCCGAAAAUCCACAGUGUCCCAACGCCCACACUGUACGCCCGGGCACUGUCAGGACCCAGCACCUAUCACGAUCUACCAGCAAGCUCCAAUCUUUCUUUCUUCGUACUAACACGGCUCGACUUGACCGCACAACAGGCCCAAUUGAGCACGAUACGGGCCCUGUGCACCACUUCAGCCAUGUCGACAUUCAUCAUGCGCCAGCGAUUGGCCUCGUCCGGCCUGCACCAGGCCGCCCUCCGCCCCCGCGUGCCAAAGGUGCAAGCUGCAUCUGCGCGCUUUGCAUCCAGCUCGAGCGGCGGCUCCAUGGCCCUCGGACGCGGCAAGGCAGCUCUCUACGGCACAGUCCUCGCAGCAGCCACGUAUGCCGGAUACCUCUACAUCACCGACACCCGCGGCUUCAUCCACCAGUACGUCGUGCCGCCGAUCCUGCGCACCGUCCUCCCCGACGCCGAGGAUGCGCACCACUUUGGCACCUCGGUGCUCAAGCUGCUCUACGAAUUCAACCUGCACCCUCGCGAGCGCCAGGGUCUUUCUUCAACAAGUGCCGAGUCUAAGCUCACCACACAAGUCUUUGAACACCAACUAAACAACCCCGUCGGUAUCUCUGCGGGUCUCGACAAGGACGGCGAGAUUGCCGAUGUCCUGUUUGCCCUGGGUGCUGGUGUCGUCGAGAUUGGCGGCAUCACGCCCCUUGCUCAGGAAGGUAACCCGAAGCCCCGCGUCUUCCGUGUCCCCGGCCUCGAGGGCAUGGUGAACCGCUACGGGCUCAACUCGCGCGGUGCCGACGACGUUGCUAUCCGUCUGCGCCAGCGAUUGCGUACAUAUGCCCGCUCCAUUGGCGCCACUGAGCAGGACGUUCUGGACGGUAAGGCCGGCGUGCCACCUGGUAGUUUGCGCGAGGGCCGCAUUCUUGCUGUGCAGAUUGCCAAGAACAAGGAAACGAGCGAGAAGGACGCUGCGAACGACUAUGUCUACUGUGUGCGUCGACUGGCGCCGUAUGCGGAUGUUCUUGUUGUCAAUGUGUCGAGCCCCAACACACCUGGCCUGCGAGACCUGCAGGCCACUGAGCCGCUGACGAAGCUGCUGACGGCUGUCGUGGAGGAAGCUCGCAAGACCGACCGCAAGACGAAACCCCGCGUCAUGGUCAAGGUGUCACCGGACGAGGACGACGAUGUGCAGAUGGAAGGUGUCGUGGAAGCCGUGAACCGCAGCGGUGUGGACGGCAUCAUUGUGGGCAAUACGACAAGACGGCGCGCCGAGGUUGUUCCUGAAGGCACACGGUUGACGGCGCGCGAGAAGAAGAACCUCAUGGAGACGGGUGGCUACUCGGGCCCAGCUAUGUUCUCGCGCACCCUGGAUCUGGUGGGACGAUACCGCAAGAUGCUGGAUAGCUACGCCAUGAGCAUAGAUGCCAAGGGCGAGCCUAAGGUUCUGUUUGCCACGGGAGGUAUCACGAACGGCGAGCAGGCACUGCAAGUGCUGAAUGCUGGUGCUAGCGUGGCUAUGGUGUAUACGACCAUGGUAUAUGGCGGUGCGGGCACGGUGACGCGCAUCAAGGGACAGAUGGAAAAGGCCCUGUAG